GUGAAGAUAACCUGUCAACAACGAAUUCCAAGAUGGAGGAGGUGGAUGAAAUAGUUUUACAUACAUUGCGUCAAAUCGGAUGUGAUGUUGAUGACGUUCAUAGUUUAAAAGAAUUCACUACUGAAUCUGCUAUUGAAGGUGUUAUUCGUUGUUUGAAGCUCAUAAACCCGUCUUUGGAAAUAUCUCAUCAUGUUCCACCAAGUAUGUCUGCUAGAUACCGAUUGGGAUCAACAUUGGCUUCCAUAUGUAAAGAUCUGGGAUACAAAGGUGAAAUAGGAUAUCAAACCUUUAUGUAUUCCAAUGAAACAGAUUUAAGGAAAAUAUUUCUUUUUCUUUUUGAAAAUUUGCCGAAAGAAAGUGAGAAAGCUUUGGAAGAACCAUUGAAUAAAACGGCAUUGAUAAUUAAAGAGGCAGGUUCGUAUUUUAGUCGAUGCUUUAGUAAUCCUUGGCUACCGUAUUACUGUAAAAAUGAGUUAUUUACUGAUGCAAAGUUUUUAAUGAAAACCCCAGUUUCUUCCUUGGUGCCUUGCCAGACUAUUGUGCUGUUUACCCCUGUAAGUUAUAAUAACGUACAAAAUAAAAAAUCAUAUCUUAAAUAUUACGAAAGUUGUUUACCUAUUAUUUCAAAGCAAAUGAGUGUAGGCCCUCGUCUGAAUGCAUCUGUGCUUGAAUCAAAUUCUUUAAACUUUAUAAAUCAAUGUGUGAGUGAAUGGAACCAAGAUGAUUUGACACCUAUGCUAAAUAAAAAAGAACUGGUAGUACAAAAACAGGCUAAAAUAAAAAAGACAAUUAAUGAUUGGUUAGUACAAGCCUUGCAACAAAGGAAAGAUGUUUCUGAUAAAUUGGAAGAUAUUUUAGGAAAAACUGUAGGUAAUCAAGAAAUAUGUGGUUCAAGAUUUACACAUUCUCUUGAAUUGCAGUUUACAUCUGAUAAGAAGGAAAAUGCUACACUUACAGGUUUCCUAACCAGCAAAAAAGAUGACUCGGAAGAAGAUAAGCAUAAGAAAAGGGAGUUGGAAAUAAAAGACCUUCAAGAAAAAGUUGAUACUUUAUCAGCUAAACUUGAAUCACUUGUAGUAGAAAAUAAGAAUUAUGAAACAUCAUCUCAGAAUAUCAUGGACCUCAUACGAAAGCAGCAAGAAAACAUAGAUGAAGUGAGAGAACGUUAUAGAGUUAAAAAGUGCACUCUUUCAUUGUUGCCAGAAGCUGAAACAAAUAUUGAGAAAUUACAAGGAUUGAUUGAUGCAAGUUCACAGAGAUUAGUAUCCUUAGCAAACCAGUGGGAACAGCAUAGAGUUCCACUUAUAGAACAAUAUCGUGAGCUAAAAGAGCUGUCUUCUCGUAGGGUGAGUGAAACUCAAAGAAAAUUCGAAGAAAUAAAAUUGUUAAGAGAAAAGAUACGAAAUUUAGGUGCUGAAGCUCGACAGAAAGAAGAUAUGCACAAACAUCUGAUUACUGCUUAUGAAAAGCUGACAAAAGAUGUGAGUCGAUCAGCUUAUACAAGGAGAAUUAUGGAAAUAGUUGGAAACAUAAAAAAACAGAAAGCAGAAAUUGAUAAAGUUCUUUUAGAUACAAGGAAUGUACAAAAAGAAAUUAACAAGUUAUCUGGAAAGUUAGAAAGAACAUUCACUGUCACUGAUGAGCUCAUAUUUAGAGAUGCAAAAAAAGAUGAAGCAAUACGUCAAGCUUAUAAAUACGUUGCAGCUCUUCAUGAAAACAGCAGCCAAUUAAUAUUAAUUGUAGAAGAAACUGGUGCUAUAAUGAGAGAAAUUAGAGAACUGGAAGAUCAGAUUGAACAAGAAAACCAGAAGAAGAUAACUGCAACAUUAGAAAGGAUCACCUCUGAUUAUAAACAAAUGCAACAAGAAAAUGCAUCCUUGCUAGCUCAACUGAAAGGAUUUUCUUGAUUUAGAUAUUAGUCAUUUUAUAGCUAAAAAUAAUGAACAUAUCAAAUGCAUCUUUGGACCAAUUUUUAAUAAUACAUGAUUGGUAAUAAUUAAAUUAAAAUAUAUUCUAUUCAGUUAAAAUUUUUAAAUCUAGGAGAACUUUUGACAAAUUAACCCAGUGAAACAGUAUUAAAUAUUGUAAUUAAGAUAAUGUAUCUAAUUCUGUUCAAGUUGCACUUUUAUAUUGUAGAUAAUGUGUAGUUGGAUUUGGUGUUAUCAUUAUAAGAUAUAUGAUUUUUUUAUUUUAAUAUUAAAUCAAUAAAAUUUGAAAGCUUUUGUGGUU